UCCACUGUUUGCCUGUCUGUCUGUAUGUUUGUGUGUCUGUCUUUGUGCAUCUUUUCUGCAUAACCCUGAAGGAUAAAGCCGCCAUCUCUUCUGCUCUCCCUCUCUUUCUCCAUCCCUCUGCACACACAUACUCACAUUUAAAAAGUGCUAUCCAUUUUUUUAAAAUAUAUUACGAACACAGACCGACCAUUCAAACCCAUCAGAGGAUUGUUGUUGGUCCAUUUUUUCUGGUGCUGAAAACUUCAACAUUUUGUCCACAUGGAGGAUUAUCACAAACCCGACCAGCAGACAGUUCAGGCGCUGAGGAAUAUCGCCAAUCGCCUUCGAAUCAACUCCAUCAAGGCGACCACUGCAGCUGGAAGUGGUUAUCCCACCUCAUGCUGCAGCGUGGCAGAAAUCAUGUCUGUCCUUUUCUUCCACACCAUGAAGUACCGCCCUGAAGACCCAAGAAACUUCAACAGCGACCGCUUCGUCCUGUCCAAGGGUCAUGCUGCUCCUGCUCUGUACUCCAUGUGGGUUGAAACAGGUUUCCUGAAAGAGAGCGAUCUGCUCAGUCUGUGCCAGGUGGACUCGACUCUGGAGAGCCACCCGACCCCGAAGCAACAGUUUGUCGAUGUAGCCACCGGAUCAUUGGGGCAGGGUCUUGGUGUGGCCUGUGGAAUGGCUUACACUGGCAAAUACUUUGACAAAUCCAGUUAUCGUGUGUUCUGCCUGCUGGGUGAUGGUGAGAUGUCAGAGGGCUCAGUCUGGGAAGCCAUGUCGUUUGCCUCCUACUAUCAGCUCGACAACUUGGUGGCCAUCAUGGACAUCAACCGUUUAGGCCAAAGUGACCCUGCACCCCUGCAGCAUCAUGUGGAGAAGUACCAGCGGCGCUGUGAAGCUUUCGGGUGGCAUGCCAUCAUUGUGGAUGGACACAGUGUGGAAGAGCUUUGCAAGGCUUUGAGCCAGCCACGCCACCAGCCCACUGCAAUCAUCACUAAAACCACCAAGGGCAAAGGCAUUCCAGCUGCUGAGGAUAAGCUGGGCUGGCACGCCAAAGUUUUGCCCAAAGACAUGGCUGAGAUGGUCAUAAAGGAUCUGCAGAGUCGGAUCAUGAGCAGCAGUAAGCACCUGUACCCACCCACCCCUGUCGAGGACUCCCCACCCGUCAGCCUGAGAAACAUCAGGAUGCCGAGUGCGCCCAGCUACAAGGCUGGAGAAAAGAUUGCCACUCGUAAGGCCUAUGGAAUGGCCUUGGCCAAGUUGGGUCGCUACAACGAGCGAGUUGUGGUUCUGGAUGGAGACACCAAUAACCUCACCUGCUCUGAGAUCUUUAAGAAUGAGCAUCCUAACCGCUUUGUUGAGUGCUACAUCUCUCAGCAGAACAUGGUCAGUGUUGCCAUGGGAUGUUCUGCCCGGGACAGGAAUGUCGUGUUUGCCAGUACUCUUGCUUCCUUUUUUACUCGUGCCUAUGAUCAGAUUCGCAUGGCAGCGAUUUCAGAGAGCAACAUCAACCUGUGUGGCUCCCACUGUGGUCUGUCCACUGGAGAAGAAGGCCCCUCUCUGAUGAGCUUAGAGGACAUGGCCAUGUUUAGAGCCAUUCCCAGAGCUACCAUUUUCUAUCCCAGUGACGGCGUGUCCACAGAAAAGGCUGUGGAGCUGGCUGCAACCACAAAGGGUGUUUGCUACAUUCGAACCAGCCGCCAAGACUGCGCCGUCAUCUAUAACAGCAAUGAGGACUUCCAUGUUGGACAGGCAAAGGUGGUGUUUCAGAGCAAGGAUGACCAGGUGACUGUGGUUGCAGCUGGAGUGAUGGUGCACGAGGCCCUUGCUGCCGCUGAGCACCUAAAGAAAGAGAGAAUCUCUGUCAGAGUAGUCGACCCCUUCACCAUCAAACCUUUGGACGUAAAAACCAUCGUUGACCAUGCACGUGCCACCAGGGGAAGAAUCCUCACUGUUGAAGACCACUACUAUGAAGGUGGUCUCGGGGAAGCACUGUCCUCAGCAGUGGUCAACGAGUCUGGAUUCAGUCUGCACCGUCUGGCUGUUUCCCACAUUCCCCGUGGAGGCAAACCUCACGAGCUCCUGAAGAUCCACGGCAUCGACCGUGACGCCAUCACUCAAGCAAUUCGGAAGAUGCUCAUCAGCACCGCUAAUGCCAAGUAGCUUUCUCUGAGCCCCACCCAGCAGUCUGACGACACUCGUGCAGAUAUAGAUAAGCCGUCACCGACGUUUUGGAAUCAUAACACAUUACUCUUUAAAGUCGUUCACUGUGAAUACCUUCUGAAAAAGUGUGCUGAAAUAUUGUGAGUUGUGCCGUUCACCUUGACGUAUACCUCCACUUACCUUGGAUGCUUCCGUCACAUCCCUUUCCACACACGUGCAGAUACACACAUUCUCUGUAACAAUCAUUUCCUCACUCAUAAUCUACAUUGUCAUGGACCUAGUCCAGAAAAUGAGUAUUGUCCCUUGCUGAUGUUGUCGUUGGUGGAUGAUCACUGUAUGAAACAACCCUUUGUUUGAUCUUCAACAUGUUUUUCACUCAUGUAACUCCUAAUUCUGUGGUGGGGCCCAGUUUUAAAGUAGGUGUUUAAUGUGGCAACAGUGUCAGAAAGAAACAAAGUCGAUUGUUGUUCGUAGAUAAAAACCAAACCAAGGUUAUAAAGAGGAAACACACAACACCACAAGUGGCAAAAGAAGAUUUCGGUUUUUAUUUCAUCAAUUAUUUCUUUUCAGCUCUGGUUUGUCAUUGAGUUUUAAGCAUACGGUGAACAAACACACCUCAGGGCUGCAGGUUUACCCAGUGCUAACAGAAAGUAUGACUCACGGGCUGUGACAGUA